AUGGUGAAGUACAGGUCUCCCUCUGCAGGACACAACAGGUAUUACACCCCCUCUGCAGGACACAACAGGUAUUACACCCCCUCUGCAGGACACAACAGGUAUUACACCCCCUCUGCAGGACACAACAGGUAUUACACCCCCUCUGCAGGACACAACAGGUAUUACACCCCCUCUGCAGGACACAACAGGUAUUACACCCCCUCUGCAGGACACAACAGGUACUACACCCCCUCUGCAGGACACAGCAGGUAUUACACCCCCUCUGCAGGACACAGCAGGUAUUACACCCCCUCUGCAGGACACAACAGGUACUACACCCCCUCUGCAGGACACAACAGGUAUAACACCCCCUCUGCAGGACACAACAGGUACUACACCCCCUCUGCAGGACACAACAGGUACUACACCCCCCUCUGCAGGACACAGCAGGUAUUACACCCCCUCUGCAGGACACAACAGGUAUUACACCACCUCUGCAGGACACAACAGGUACUACACCCCCCUCUGCAGGACACAGCAGGUAUUACACCCCCUCUGCAGGACACAACAGGUAUUACACCCCCUCUGCAGGACACAACAGGUAUUACACCCCCUCUGCAGGACACAGCAGGUAUUACACCCCCUCUGCAGGACACAACAGGUAUUACACCCCCUCUGCAGGACACAACAGGUACUACACCCCCCUCUGCAGGACACAACAGGUAUUACACCCCCUCUGCAGGACACAGCAGGUAUUACACCCCCUCUGCAGGACACAGCAGGUAUUACACCCCCUCUGCAGGACACAGCAGGUAUUACACCCCCUCUGCAGGACACAGCAGGUAUUACACCCCCUCUGCAGGACACAACAGGACACAACAGGUACUACACCCCCCUCUGCAGGACACAACAGGUAUAACACCCCCUCUGCAGGACACAACAGGUACUACACCCCCCUCUGCAGGACACAACAGGUACUACACCCCCUCUGCAGGACACAACAGGUACUACACCCCCUCUGCAGGACACAACAGGUACUACACCCCCUCUGCAGGACACAACAGGUACUACACCCCCUCUGCAGGACACAACAGGUACUACACCCCCCUCUGCAGGACACACAACAGGUACUACACCCCCUCUGCAGGACACAACAGGUACUACACCCCCUCUGCAGGACACAGCAGGUAUUACACCCCCUCUGCAGGACACAACAGGUAUUACACCCCCUCUGCAGGACACAACAGGUAUUACACCCCCUCUGCAGGACACAACAGGUAUUACACCCCCUCUGCAGGACACAACAGGUAUUACACCCCCUCUGCAGGACACAACAGGUAUUACACCCCCUCUGCAGGACACAACAGGUAUUACACCCCCUCUGCAGGACACAACAGGUAUUACACCCCCUCUGCAGGACACAACAGGUAUUACACCCCCUCUGCAGGACACAGCAGGUAUUACACCCCCUCUGCAGGACACAACAGGUACUACACCCCCUCUGCAGGACACAACAGGUACUACACCCCCCUCUGCAGGACACAACAGGUACUACACCCCCCUCUGCAGGACACAACAGGUACUACACCCCCUCUGCAGGACACAACAGGUACUACACCCCCCUCUGCAGGACACAACAGGUAUUACACCCCCCUCUGCAGGACACAACAGGUACUACACCCCCUCUGCAGGACACAACAGGUAUUACACCCCCCUCUGCAGGACACAACAGGUAUUACACCCCCUCUGCAGGACACAACAGGUACUACACCCCCUCUGCAGGACACAACAGGUACUACACCCCCCUCUGCAGGACACAACAGGUAUUACACCCCCUCUGCAGGACACAACAGGUACUACACCCCCUCUGCAGGACACAACAGGUACUACACCCCCUCUGCAGGACACAACAGGUAUUACACCCCCUCUGCAGGACACAACAGGUAUUACACCCCCUCUGCAGGACACAACAGGUAUUACACCCCCUCUGCAGGACACAACAGGUACUACACCCCCUCUGCAGGACACAACAGGUAUUACACCCCCUCUGCAGGACACAACAGGUAUUACACCCCCUCUGCAGGACACAACAGGUAUUACACCCCCUCUGCAGGACACAACAGGUAUUACACCCCCUCUGCAGGACACAACAGGUAUUACACCCCCUCUGCAGGACACAACAGGUAUUACACCCCCUCUGCAGGACACAACAGGUAUUACACCCCCUCUGCAGGACACAGCAGGUAUUACACCCCCUCUGCAGGACACAGCAGGUAUUACACCCCCUCUGCAGGACACAACAGGUACUACACCCCCUCUGCAGGACACAGCAGGUAUUACACCCCCUCUGCAGGACACAACAGGUAUUACACCCCCUCUGCAGGACACAACAGGUAUUACACCCCCUCUGCAGGACACAACAGGUAUUACACCCCCUCUGCAGGACACAACAGGUAUUACACCCCCUCUGCAGGACACAGCAGGUAUUACACCCCCUCUGCAGGACACAACAGGUAUUACACCCCCUCUGCAGGACACAACAGGUAUUACACCCCCUCUGCAGGACACAACAGGUAUUACACCCCCUCUGCAGGACACAACAGGUAUUACACCCCCUCUGCAGGACACAACAGGUAUUACACCCCCUCUGCAGGACACAACAGGUACUACACCCCCUCUGCAGGACACAACAGGUACUACACCCCCUCUGCAGGACACAACAGGUAUUACACCCCCUCUGCAGGACACAACAGGUAUUACACCCCCUCUGCAGGACACAACAGGUAUUACACCCCCUCUGCAGGACACAACAGGUAUUACACCCCCUCUGCAGGACACAACAGGUACUACACCCCCUCUGCAGGACACAACAGGUACUACACCCCCCUCUGCAGGACACAACAGGUACUACACCCCCCUCUGCAGGACACAACAGGUAUUACACCCCCUCUGCAGGACACAACAGGUAUUACACCCCCUCUGCAGGACACAACAGGUAUUACACCCCCUCUGCAGGACACAACAGGUACUACACCCCCCUCUGCAGGACACAACAGGUAUUACACCCCCUCUGCAGGACACAACAGGUACUACACCCCCUCUGCAGGACACAACAGGUAUUACACCCCCUCUGCAGGACACAACAGGUAUUACACCCCCUCUGCAGGACACAACAGGUACUACACCCCCUCUGCAGGACACAACAGGUAUUACACCCCCUCUGCAGGACACAGCAGGUAUUACACCCCCUCUGCAGGACACAACAGGUACUACACCCCCUCUGCAGGACACAACAGGUAUUACACCCCCUCUGCAGGACACAACAGGUAUUACACCCCCUCUGCAGGACACAACAGGUAUUACACCCCCUCUGCAGGACACAACAGGUAUUACACCCCCUCUGCAGGACACAACAGGUAUUACACCCCCUCUGCAGGACACAACAGGUAUUACACCCCCUCUGCAGGACACAACAGGUAUUACACCCCCUCUGCAGGACACAACAGGUAUUACACCCCCUCUGCAGGACACAACAGGUAUUACACCCCCUCUGCAGGACACAGCAGGUAUUACACCCCCUCUGCAGGACACAGCAGGUAUUACACCCCCUCUGCAGGACACAACAGGACACAGCAGGUAUUACACCCCUCUGCAGGACACAACAGGUAUUACACCCCCUCUGCAGGACACAGCAAGUAUUACACCCCCUCUGCAGGACACAACAGGUACUACACCCCCUCUGCAGGACACAACAGGUACUACACCCCUCUGCAGGACACAACAGGUAUUACACCCCCUCUGCAGGACACAACAGGUAUUACACCCCUCUGCAGGACACAACAGGUACUACACCCCCCUCUGCAGGACACAACAGGUACUACACCCCCCUCUGCAGGACACAACAGGUACUACACCCCCUCUGCAGGACACAACAGGUAUUACACCCCCUCUGCAGGACACAGCAGGUAUUACACCCCCUCUGCAGGACACAACAGGUACUACACCCCCUCUGCAGGACACAACAGGUAUUACACCCCCUCUGCAGGACACAACAGGUACUACACCCCCUCUGCAGGACACAACAGGCCAUACACCCCCUCUGCAGGACACAACAGGUACUACACCCCCUCUGCAGGACACAGCAGGUAUUACACCCCCUCUGCAGGACACAGCAAGUAUUACACCCCCUCUGCAGGACACAACAGGUACUACACCCCCUCUGCAGGACACAACAGGUACUACACCCCCCUCUGCAGGAACCAACAGGUACUACACCCCCCUCUGCAGGACACAACAGGUACUACACCCCCCUCUGCAGGACACAACAGGUACUACACCCCCUCUGCAGGACACAACAGGUAUUACACCCCCUCUGCAGGACACAACAGGUAUUACACCCCCUCUGCAGGACACAACAGGUAUUACACCCCCUCUGCAGGACACAACAGGUACUACACCCCCUCUGCAGGACACAACAGGUACUACACCCCCUCUGCAGGACACAACAGGUAUUACACCCCCUCUGCAGGACACAACAGGUAUUACACCCCCUCUGCAGGACACAACAGGUAUUACACCCCCUCUGCAGGACACAACAGGUAUUACACCCCCUCUGCAGGACACAACAGGUAUUACACCCCCUCUGCAGGACACAACAGGUACUACACCCCCUCUGCAGGACACAACAGGUACUACACCCCCUCUGCAGGACACAACAGGUACUACACCCCUCUGCAGGACACAACAGGUAUUACACCCCCUCUGCAGGACACAACAGGUAUUACACCCCCUCUGCAGGACACAACAGGUAUUACACCCCCUCUGCAGGACACAACAGGUACUACACCCCCCUCUGCAGGACACAGCAGGUAUUACACCCCCUCUGCAGGACACAACAGGUAUUACACCCCCUCUGCAGGACACAACAGGUAUUACACCCCCUCUGCAGGACACAACAGGUACUACACCCCCCUCUGCAGGACACAACAGGACACAACAGGUAUUACACCCCCUCUGCAGGACACAACAGGUACUACACCCCCUCUGCAGGACACAACAGGUACUACACCCCCUCUGCAGGACACAGCAGGUAUUACACCCCCUCUGCAGGACACAGCAGGUAUUACACCCCCUCUGCAGAACACAACAGGUAUUACACCCCCUCUGCAGGACACAGCAGGUAUUACACCCCCUCUGCAGGACAAAGCAGGUAUUACACCCCCUCUGCAGGACACAACAGGUACUACACCCCCCUCUGCAGGACACAACAGGUAUUACACCCCCUCUGCAGGACACAGCAGGUAUUACACCCCCUCUGCAGGACACAGCAGGUAUUACACCCCCUCUGCAGGACACAACAGGUAUUACACCCCCUCUGCAGGACACAGCAAGUAUUACACCCCCUCUGCAGGACACUACAGGUAUUACACCCCCUCUGCAGGACACUACAGGUAUUACACCCCCUCUGCAGGACACAACAGGUAUUACACCCCCUCUGCAGGACACAACAGGUAUUAA